CAUUACUGGAACAGCCUUUGGAAGGGACCCCAUUUCACAGAAUGUGCUCCCAGCCGCCUGCCCCAAGGGAGGGAGACCAACAGGGUGACCUCCCCAAAGCAACCUGUAUCAGCCCAACAGCCAGCUCAGCCCACUCCGCGGGCUGGCGUUCCCUGGCUGCGCACGCACGGCACCCUCGCCCCGCCCCUUUCUCCUUGGCCGCGGAUUGGCUGGUUUGGGUCACGUGGGCAUGCUCGCUUUUCCGGGCGACUGGCCUCCCGCAGGCUGGUUUCCGGUGCGGUGGGUCGGAGAUGACGGAACCCGGCGCUUCUCUGGAGGACCCCUGGGUCAAGGUGGAGUAUGCCUACAGCGACAACAGCCUGGACCCCGGGCUUCUUAUAGAAAGCUCCCGCAAGGGGAGCGUAGUGUCCAGAGCUAAUAGCAUCGGUUCUACCAGUGCCUCUUCCGUCCCCAACACAGAUGACGAGGACAGUGAUUACCACCAGGAGUCCUACAAGGAGUCCUACAAGGACCGGCGCCGGCGAGCACACACACAAGCUGAGCAGAAGAGGAGGGAUGCUAUCAAGAGAGGUUAUGACGACCUCCAGACCAUCGUCCCCACCUGCCAGCAGCAGGACUUCUCCGUUGGCUCCCAGAAGCUCAGCAAAGCCAUGGUCCUGCAGAAGACUAUUGACUACAUCCAGUUUUUGCACAAGGAGAAGAAAAAGCAGGAGGAGGAGGUGUCCACACUACGCAAGGAUGUCAUGGCCCUAAAGAUCAUGAAAGUGAACUACGAGCAGAUUGUGAAGGCACACCAGGACAACCCCCACGAGGGGGAAGAUCAGGUUUCUGACCAGGUCAAGUUCAGUGUGUUUCAAGGCAUCAUGGACUCGCUGUUCCAGUCCUUCAAUGCUUCCAUCUCCAUGGCCAGCUUCCAGGAGCUGUCGGCCUGUGUCUUCAGCUGGAUUGAGGAGCACUGUAAGCCUCAGACCCUACGGGAGAUCGUGAUUGGCGUCCUGCACCAACUGAAGAACCAGCUUUACUGACCUGCAGAACAGCCAGCGGGAGGUCUCCAGUCUCCUACUUGGUCACAACCACUGGCUUGUGAGAUUGGACUGCGACACCGUGCACCAGUCAGCUGGGCUCUCUCUCAUGUUUCAUUCCCAGGCCCCUCGUCCUCAGGGGACUGGGGUGUUUGUGAAAGCUUCUCAUUAAUUUAUUAUAUUGACUAUAGAGCUCGACGAACCUUGUAAUAUAAGGUUCCCUCCAUAAAAGUCCUCAGAAUGGGGGUCUGCUCUGGACACCCCCCCUUUCUGAAGCCUCAGAUUUCAGCACAUGAUCUACAUAUACUUAGAAACUACUGUUUGCCUGUUUCGGUAUGUUGGGUGACUGGUCCACAUUUGGCCAUUUUGGCAGUAGUUGCUCAGGAGGAAAGCAGGAGAAAAUGCCACAAGGCAUUCUGUAACUUCCACAGCUACGAAGGGUGAGAGGUGGCUCAUGUCCAGGCUAGAGCUGCCUGUCGGCCUAAGGUAGAGCCACGGCUUUCUGGCCGGCUCAGGCUCGGCUGCCCGGGUCCUGCUCCUGCCGCUUACCCCAUUGCCUCCUCCCUGCUCGGCAGCAGAGGGAAGCAGCCUCCCACCUACUCCUGCCUCUGACCCCUCAGUCAUUGGCGCUGCACAGCAGAGUCAAAUGUGACAAAAGUUUUUAUUUUUAUAAAUACCAACAAAACAGUUUUGCUAAAGUUACAAUUUU